AUGCCGAGAAACAGGCGCGACAAGGCCGGGGGCGCCAGGAUGGACUCGCUGUACAACUCGGCGGAGUUCAGGAUGAAUUUCUUCAAGGUGCUCCCGUGCUCCAAACACUACUGCCACGACUGGACGGAGUGCCCGUUCGCGCACCCAGGGGAGAAGGCGCGGCGACGCGACCCACGCGUGUUCAGAUACGUCGGCAUCGAGUGCCCGCAGGUCAAGGAGGGCGGCAAGUGCCCGCGAGGCGAUCUGUGCCCCUUCGCGCACAACGUGUUCGAGUGCUGGCUGCAUCCAACAAGGUACCGGACCCAGCUUUGCAACGAGCCGGCGUCCUGCAAGCGGAAGGUCUGCUUCUUCGCGCACUCCGUGGAGGAGCUGCGCGAGCCCACCACUGGCCUGGAGCACCUGGCCGAUGGGCCCGGCGGAUCGGCGCCCGGCGCCGCGUCCCCCGCGCCCAGGCCCGUGGACCACAGGCCCUCGCUGGACGAGAGGGGGUCGUCCGGGGGCAGCCCCGUGGCGUCCAGCCCGGCAUGGAGCGCGCCGGACGCCCAGGCCGCGCAGCAUAAGUCGCCCCAGGAGGCGGCCCUCCUGGCUGCUGCUCUGACGCAGCUCCAGAAUGGACAGCCCAUCAGCACAGCUGCGGAUGUGACCAACCCGCUGGAGCAGCUGGCGAUGAUGCAGGCUGGGGGCAGCCCUGCCCUCCAGUCCCCAACCCCCACAGGCGUUCCUGGGGCGCCGGCUGCCAACAAUGAGCGUGUCAUGCAACUUUUGAUGCUCCUUGUGAAGGAGAUCGCCCAGGCCAGGCACACCCAGGGUCAGCAGCAGCAACAGCAGCAACAGCAGCAGCAGCAGCACCGACGGAGCCUUGAGGCCGCAGCCCUGGCAUCCCAAGUGCACAGGAACUCGUUGGACGGCGCCCUGUACGGGCAGCCCAGUGCACAGGCCCACCACCGCGUGCCGAGAAUGUCCCUAGAAGCGCUGCGCCGCAUGUCGUUCACCAUGCUGGGCAACUCCGGGAAGGGGCCCGGUGGCGAGGGGAGCUUCAUGCGCACGCCGUCCAUGGGGAGGAUCAGCCUGGAUGGCAGCAUACCAGACUUUGUGCUGCACGACACGCGUGCACGUGCGCCCUCAAUGGACAGCAACAUGUCUGAGACCCUGAACAUGGCCCGAGCAGGCCGGAUGUCCAUCGACUCAUCUUCCUCGUUCCUGUCCGGUGGCAGGCGGUCCAUAGAGAUGGCCGCUGACGCCAAUCUGCUGAGGAUGGCCGGGCUGGCUGGAGACCCCACGGGGGUGGUGGCAGACGCCCUGGCGCGGAGGUACGAGCCGCCUGCCACGGUUGAGGCUGCUCAGUCAGAGGGGUACCUCUACAAGCCAAACGACCCAAUUUUGCAUGUCCAGGCGAACAGUUUUCCUGCCGCCAAUUAG